UGGUUAUGAAGUCUUCCCGUAGUGAAUCCCGUUUGUUUGGAACAAACCUUUGUAUUUAUUUAAACUUUAAACUCUUUAUCAGCGGAACAGAUGGAUGCUCUGCACAGACACCAAUCACUUUAUAAAGGAACCACUCCGCCAUGGAAAGAAACGUACCGGAAGCGAUGUGUGGACAGACUGAAGAACAGCCGGUCCAGGCUGCUGGACCGGUACCGGCAGAUGGGGGAGAGCCAGCAGCGGAGCGGCUCCGGGGCCUCCAUCAUGGUCCAGGAGGUGAUGGAGGAGGAGUGGAGCGCCCUGCAGUCAGAGGGCCGGAGGCUGCCCUCUCUGUGGGGGCCCCAGGGCCGGGCAGAGAUGUUUGGUGUGAUGAAGGAGUACGAUGAACUGGCAGUACUGGAAGAAAUCCAACAGGAGCUCAUGUCUCAUGAAAUGUCUAUUAUUGCAGAGUAUGAGAGGAACCUGCAGUUUGAGCAGCAGUACAUCUCAUCUGUGGUGGAAGACAUGGACCAGAUGAAUAUUAUCUGCCCUUUAUGUCAUACGAAUAACUUGAACAUCAACAGCCAUUUCAUCUCCUGCCUCUGUGGACUCUACAUUAACACUAAGAACCAGAACAUUACUCCUGAUGUCCUGCAGCAGCUGCUAGAGUCCAGAGUGUCGGAGCACAUGGAGGAAUGUCUACACAACCCGGUUUUCUCUGUAGCGUCCAACAUGGACAGCUCUGCUCACCUGAUGAUCAGCUGUAAGGUUUGUGACUUCCUGUCCAUUGUCCUGUGAGAAGCAGACGGAGCCAUUAUGAAUGUCUUAAUCAUGAAAUUAGAUUUUUAGUUGUUUGUGCUCUCUAUAUGUUUUAUGAAAUAAAGACUAUUUUAUAUUUAA